AUGAAGGAGGCUGAGCAUCUGAGCCAAAACAAUCCCGUGAGGCAUUUCACCGCCUUCGAGCUCGACAAGGAUGAAAAUGUUGUUGCAACAAAGCACUACUAUAAGUCUGGACAAGACAAAUUCAUUUUGAAGGACAUCCCCAAGACCAUUUUCUCAAACUUUAAUGAGGACAUACGCCCGCGGCUUCGUGAAAGCCCAUUUCUACGGUUACCACAUGACACAAUACCGGAUCAGCGGAUAUUCGUGUACAAGUACAUGGAUGAUGACUUCCUGAGCCUUGUUCAAAAGCAAAUAUCCAUGCAAGCCAGGAAGCAGAUUUUAAAAGCCAGUUUGCAAGGGAUUGCCGAGCUUCACAGCCAUGAUAAUGUCCAUUUAGAUAUCAAACCCGACAAUAUCAUGAUCAAUUACCGUGAUACUGGUAAAGAGACAAUUGUGGAGCAGGUUCAGGUCAUCGAUCUCGAAAACGCAGCUUAUCUCCCUAAAGGGAGGUGCAUCAAAGGGAUGUUAGCCGGCAAUGAUAGCUGGCGUAGCCCAGAGGGCCACUUUAAAGGCGAGUUUAGCAAGCCUUCUGACAUCAUCUCCUUCGCAGCCGUGUGCAUCUAUGCUAUGCUCGGACAAGUCAUCCUUGGAGCCGAUGAGGAUUUGCAGAAACAUGAAUCGCAGGGCGCAUUCCCUCAUGUCAUUCUCCUGCAACGUCAGGUUUCUUUUUUUGGGGACCGAGAAGGAUUGAACGGGCUCAUGAAACACGUUGGUGACGAGGAGGUCAACCGCCAGGUCCUUGGAUUUCUCUGGGAUGAUCGGGUGGCAGACUAUCAUUCCUACAAGCCAUUUUCAGAUUGGCCGAAUGUCAAUGACGACAAGUUCAAGGAUGUUAUCCAUCGGAUGACAAAACUUGGAUCCUCAAAAACCGGCAACAGCGCGCGAAAUGUUGGAGCACCCCUGGUUUGCUGGUGGUGA